GAUCGAUCUGCGGAACCAAAAUGUUUCUUAAGGCGAGAGUACUUCUACUAACCUUUGGCCUGCUUAACAUUUUCCUGGCAUCUGAUCCGUUUCAAAUAUUUCCCAAUGCAUCAACAUCGUUUGGAAAGCUUGCUAUAACUUUGAUUAUCACCGCCUCUGGAGUUCUAAUUUUCGGAGAAUUAAUGACCGAAAAACAACACAAAGCUAACAUAAUUCUAUUCUGGCUAAUGGCAAUGUUAGUUUUCUUAGGAUCACUUAUCUACGAGAUUCGAGAUUCAUACUAUAAAACUCUUUGGUUUGAAUAUUCCUAUUCCUUACUGCUCGUAAUUAUGGGUGUGCUAACUUACAGAGUUUAUAACGAGGAGGUCACAGCAUCCACCUCAAAUCCUGUGGCAAAUGAAGAUAAUAUUGAAGUAUUCAAGCCAACGGCCCCCGAGAAUCGAAACCCACCUCCAUACGAAGUCAAAAGUGUAAAUGUUCAGAUUGUUUAAAGAAACCAGGCGCCUUUCAAUUUAUAUAUUUUCAAGCAUCGCAUCGAAUUUUUUUUUAA